AAAUAAAUCCAUAUCUAAAAAAAAGUAAACUAAAUGUUGACAAAAAUUAUUAAUAGUACCUAAAAGACAUUAAAAUUAUAUUUGCCUAAAUACAAAUUCCAUAAAACACCUCAUUUAAAUUCGGAAUUAUCUAAAUUUAACGAUUCUUUCGUUGCCGGAUGUAACGCUGAAUAUUUAGAGUAAGUAUUCAACUAAUGGAUAGAAGACUCUUCUUCAGUCCACUCAUCUUUCGAUUGUUAUUUCAAGAAUUUAAUCAGAGGAGUUGAUGCAUAAAAUGCAUUUUAACUUCCACCUUAAGAUGUAACAAAACCUCUGCCUAUAUCAACUGAUUAUAGUUUAAAAUUAGUUAUUUCUGAUAAUAUUAAAGCUAGAUUAAUAAUAGAUGAAUAUCGUCGAAAUGGACAUGUAGUUGCAGAUUUAGAUCCUUUACAAAUGAAAGACGAAUUAGCAAAAGCUGGUAAAUCUAAAUUUUAAGUUGAACCAAAAUUAAGUCAUAAAGAUUAUGGUUUUACUGAUUAGGAUUUAAAUAAAGAAAUAUAUAUAAAAGAUAAUAGAAUUUUAGGUAUUACAAAUACUUAGAAAUCAUCUUGGAUAUUAAAAGAUUUAUUAGAUACUUUAAAAAAAAUAUAUUGUGGAAAAAUAGGUUAUUAAUACUUACAUUUAAGCAAUAUUGAUGAAAAAAACUGGAUUAGAGACUAAAUAGAAAAUCAUGACUCUUUUAAGCCUACACCUGAAUAAUUGAGAAAAACAGCUGACCGAUUAUGCCGAGAUUAUUCAUUUGUCGAAUUUUUAAACCAUCAUUUCAGUACUUCUAAGCGUUUUGGUUCUGAAGGAUGUGAUUCUUUUAUAUCUGGUUUAGGCGCUUUAAUAGAUCAUGCUGCUGAAAAGAAGGUAGAGCAUGUUGUAAUUGGAAUGGCUCAUAGAGGGAGAUUAAAUAUGCUAUUUUCAGUCUUAAAAAAGCCCGCAGAUAAUAUACUUGCUGAGUUCUAAGAUAUUAAAGUAGCUGAAUACGAUGAAGAGAACUGGGGUAACUCUGGAGACGUAAAAUACCACUUAGGAACUACUCACGAUAAACACUACGAAGAAUUAAACCACACCAUUAGGUUAAGUAUAUUAGCAAAUCCAUCCCAUUUAGAAGCCGUAAACCCCGUUGUUUACGGUAAAUUAAGAUGCAUAUAAGAUGCCAUAAAAGACAAUUCAGGUGACCGAUCUGUAGGCGUAUUAAUACACGGUGAUGCUGCUUUUUCGGGCCAAGGAAUAGUUUAUGAGUCUAUAUAAAUGCACGAUUUAAAAGACUACGAUAAUGGAGGAAUUAUUCAUAUAGUAGUGAAUAAUUAAAUUGGGUUUACUACAUAUCCAGGAGAUUCGAGAAGUACUUUAUAUUGUACUGAUAUUGCAGAAACAGUUUAAGCUCCUAUUUUUCAUGUAAAUGCAGAUGAACCGGAAUCGGUUGAUGCUAUUAUUAGAUUAGCGAUGGAUUAUAGACAUAAAUUUAAAAAAGAUGUAGUUGUAGAUAUUAUUGGUUAUAGAAAAUUCGGGCAUAAUGAAUUAGAUUAACCUGCUUAUACAUAACCUCAGAUGUAGAAGAUUAUUAAUUAGAAAAAACCAGUUUAUUUACAGUUUAUGGAAAAAAUGUUAAAUCAAGGUAUUAUUACUAAAGAAUAAGAAAAAGAAAGAAGAGAUUACUAUGAAAAAAUACUCAAAGAAGCCUACGCGAAUUCAAGAUAAGAAAAAAUUUCACCAAAUGAAUGGGUAAUGAAACCUUGGGAAGAAAUUAGAUUACCAAAAUUAUGGGGCAGUGUAAAAGAUACAGGUGUAGAUAUAAACGUUUUAAAAGAAAUAUCCUAAAAAAUUAACACACUCCCUUCAGAAUUAAAUGUACAUAAAUAAAUAGCUAAAGUAUAUGCUUAAAGAAGAGAUUCAAUUGAAAAACUGGAAGAUAAAAUAGACUUUUCAACUGCAGAAUAAUUAGCUUUUGGUUCUUUGUUAUAUGAAGGAUAUGGCUUAAGAAUAAGUGGUUAGGAUGUCGAAAGAGGUACUUUUUCAUAAAGACAUGCUAAAGUAAAUGAUUAAAAAGUUGAUAGAUAGAAAUAUUGUCCUUUAUCUUAAUUAUUAAGCGAAUAAGAUAGGUAAAUAAAUAAGUUGACAAUUGCAAAUUCUCAUCUUUCUGAAUUUGGAGUUUUAGGUUUUGAAUAUGGUUAUAGUAUAGCAAACCCUAAUAAUUUAGUAAUAUGGGAGGCCUAAUUUGGUGAUUUUGCAAAUGGAGCGUAGAUUAUGAUUGAUAAUUUUAUUGCUUCGGGUGAAUCUAAGUGGAAAUAAUAGACUGGAUUAGUAAUUAAUUUACCUCAUGGUAUGGAUGGCUAAGGACCAGAGCAUUCUUCAGCUAGAAUGGAAAGAUUUUUAUAACUUUCUGAUGAUGAUGUAUAAAAUUUCUUGCUUAGGAAAAAUAGAUUGAAAAAAUAAUCCGUAGAAAUUAAUCUAUAAUUAAUUUAUUGUAGUACUGCAGCUAAUUAUUUCCAUGCCUUAAGAAGAUAGAUUAGAAGGCCUUUUAGAAAGCCACUUGUCAAUUUAUUUUCGAAGAGAUUAUUAAGAUUCUAAGGGGCUACAAGUUCUCUAUAAGAAUUUAAAGAAGGAAAUAGAUUUGUAACUGUUUAUGAUGAGCAAUACCCUAAUGAUAUUGAAGAGUUUUCUAAAAUUAAAAAGGUAGUCUUAUGUAGCGGUUAGGUUUAUUAUGAUAUUUUAGAAAGAAGACAAUAAAAUAAAAUAUAAGAUACAUCUAUUAUUAGAUUAGAAUAAUUUUCUCCUUUCCCAUAUGAACAUUUAAAAGUUAUCAUUUAAAAAUAUAAUAAUGCCAAGUUUAUUUAUUGUUAAGAAGAACAUGAAAACUAAGGUGGAUGGAUCUUUUCUAGGCCAAGAAUUAAAGUUGUUUUAAAUGAAUUAUAUAAAGAAAACAAAAUUAAAUAUACUGAUUUGGAAUAUAUAGGAAGACCUUCUAAUUGUUCAUCAGCUACUGGAUCUAAUUCUAAACAUAAAUAAGAAUUAAAUAUACUAUUAACCAAAUUAUAUGAAAAAAAUUGA